CCUUCAUGUCUCAAUGGAAGAUGUCAUCAGGAGCAGCAUUCUCUGCUCAAGCUGCUAGGCCUCAAGAGGAAAUGGUGUCGAGGGCUCCCCGGAGGAGUCCCAGCUACCUCUCCCAUCUCUAUCAGAACAUGCUGCGGGAUGAAGAGGCCCGGAGAGCGGAGCGGAGCCAGCGCAAACCGGUGCACAGCAGUAGCAGCGCCAGUCUCCUGAAUCUCUCGAUUAAUGAGAGGAUGCAGCCACGUCCAGGCAUCACAGUGACUAGCUGUGACCCACACCUGAGGCCCAUCAUGCGCCGCAGGGCUAGAUCCUUGCCCAGCUCUCCGGAGAGGAGGAGGACUGUCACAACUCCGUGCCGUGUUCCUGGGUGCAGCACCCGCAGGAACCGAGUCAGGUUUGCGGAUGCUUUAGGCUUGGAGCUGGCUGAAGUGAAGGUUUUCCAAGCGGGGGAAGAUCCGUCCAUCCCUUUGCAUGUCCUCUCGAGGCUGUCCAUCAAUUCUGAUCUUUGUUGCAGCAGGCUGGACCUGGAGUUCACCAUGCAGUGCCUGGUGCCUGACUUCCAGCAGCCCAUCGACUGCGAGGACUUCUUCAGUCGCCUGCAGCGGCAGCAGGUCUGCCUGGAGCGAGUGACCAGCUCGGACCUGGGUCUGAAUGGCUCCGUCAAGGUCAUCAACGUUGCCUUUGAGAAGCAGGUGGUGGUGCGCUACACCUUCAACCACUGGAGAGGCCAGCACGAAGUUGGUGCUCAGUGGCAUAGCAGUGCUCCUGGCAAGGAUGGGCAGGGCCAAGUAGAUGUCUUCACUUUCUUCCUUCCUGUGCCUCCUUUCCUCCUCCAGCUUAGUUCGGUGGUUGAGUUUGCAGUAUGCUACCGAGUCAGCGGGCAGGAGUAUUGGGAUAACAAUCAAGGCAAGAACUAUGGCCUUACGUGCAGGAGCCAUCCGCUUAAGAUGCCCAGAGAAUGUGAGGAGAGCUGGAUUCACUUCAUCUAAGCAAAACAAGCAUGCAAAGAGUUGAUAGGCUUUUGCUAACCUGUCCCAUCUUCCUUUGGCCGUUCUUGCCUUCCUGAGGCACCAAAGAAAGCCCUAGAGUGCCAAAGAUCCUUCGGAAAAAAGAAUACCAAGGGAUCUGCACAAAAAGUUAUUGAGAGAAGAGCUGGAGGCCCACAACCUGCAUUGAUUUGCACCCAAAUUCAGUAUUUCUAUUGUGUAAAUCACUGCAGGAAGGACAGCAGGAGAAGCAAGCCAAUUUCUUUUACUAUUUUGAUUAACUCUUCAGGAGACAAGAAUAUGUUAAAAAAAAGGGAGGGUAUUUUAAAAUUUGCAGCUUAUUUUUUCAUUCUGUCAGUGUAGUUUUGAACUUCAGUCAAUGCACUUUUGCACUUUGGGUUUUUUAAUGUACUUUCAAAAAUGGAACACAGGGCAGAUUACUUUUACUACUUAAUAGCAAAAAAAAAAAGUUGCACAGAAUUUAUGCACCCAUCAAAUACUGCAGAGCCUGGGGUGCAAAAAGAGAUGUUAAUCAAUAUUAUAAAUAUUAUAAAUGUAAAUAAAUGUUUACACUGCAUUUUAUAAAACACAAAAAAGUCUGUUUAAAACUCACUGACAGUGUCCCUAUAAAUUAGGCUUUCAAGGCCUGUGCUACUGAUACAAUUAUGAGAGGAGUGGCUGUUACUACAGGUGGAGAAAUUGUGCAGUUUGCUUUUGAUGGAAAGUUCUUAUCCUUUCCAGUUUAAAGUAGAUGUGGUGUGUGUGUAGAAGUAACAUGCAGAACUGCUUCUUUCCCCCCAGUACUCUUUCUUUCUUUUGUUAAAGAACAAAAACAGUUUUGCACUUGGGGGUAACAUAUUCCAUUUAAGGAUCUCUCAAACUGCUGCACCAGUCACUGUUUCUAAUACAGCACUGGAGUAAAUUAACUAGAGUGCUACAAAUGUAGCAAUCGCUGUAAAAUUAAUCUAGUUAAACUGAGGGAAUUUAACUAGACUGCUGUAAAGUUAUGGGAAGGGCCAUCAGAUUUUACAAAAGCUAAUAUUUCUAAGGGGAAGUAAUGCUGUAUGUUUAAAUGAUAAGUGCAUUCUUGGAGAUGCUUAUCCAAAAUAUGGGAGGUGACCACCCUUAUUAAUGAACAGCCAACUACAGGGCAGCAUACCUGCCAAAAUGCCCCUAUUUUCCCAUUCAGGUAUGGGGAAAAUAGGGACAUUUUGGCAGGUAUGGGACAGGGAUGUUUGAUCUAAGAUAUGAGCUGUGCUUAGACUGCCUGAAACCUUGCAUUCAAAUUCCAGACUGCUAUAAUGAGGAGAGGUUAAGAGGUUGAAUUGUUGUAUACUUUGAGGGUGUGAAGCUGUCUUGUUGAUGUUCAGUCCCUUCGUUUGAGAAAGUGCUGACAACUAUUUUCUUGUCUAUAUAAAUUUCAAUAUAGGUAUUGGAACAUAUAGCUUGUAGUAAAAUUGCAGUUGCUUCACAUGCUCAUGCACCAUGUUUUAGUUAUAGGGUGUGUGUAGGUGAUUUCUGGCCCUAUCAUGUAUUGAAGCAUCUGCAUGUGCUGUUAGCAAGGCACUUCUACUAAUACACCACUAAAAGCAGCUGCUUUUUGGUAGUGUGGUUUUAGAGAUGUGUUAAUCAUAAUGAUGUAUGCAGAUAAGCACUUAUAUGCACCGUAAGUCUAGAAGCUGCCUUGAUGCAUUUCCAAAAAACUGCAGCUGAAGAUGUGGUUUCAAUGUGGUUUCAAAGUCCCUCAGCCCUGAAAAAUCUUACAUGUCAAAGAUCUGACAUUAUCUCUAGUAUUAACAGGCCAAGCUUGAUUACCUAGUAUCAAUGUGAUGAAAUUCAGGGGAAGUAGAUGGUUUAAUGUCAGAAUCUACUUUUCUCCCACUUGCAGUAUGGAACGUGAUUCCUUAUUAUUUCAUUCCGAUGUGGUGUGUAGAAGAUGAGGGUAAGGAUCUUGUGCAUCUUUAUUAGGAAGUAAACCCCACUGAGUUCAGUGGGCCAUACUCCUGAGUAAGCGUGCACAGGAUUGCAGCCUUAGUUUCAAGUUUUCUAUAUUUUGGCAUUGCACAAGGCCUUGAGAAACUUGAGGGCAGCUACUCCAUGGUGCAUUCCAGCCAUGCACACCCUGUGCCUCAUAGAGGCUGGAAGGGAUCCCAGAGACCCAGAGUAGAAACUCAUGUCAGCUGUACAUCUGCUAAAGAGGGCUUCUGAGUGGGAAGUUUUCUCAAGAGGCCUAUUCAGAUAUCGGAGAUCCUUUUGAAGUGCCUGAGCAGCAUAGACGGAACAUAGGGUCAUGGAAAAUUUGUUUCCCUUGUGGGUUAUGAUGCCAACAUUAUUUGUAUUUCUCGCUUAUCAGUUCAAUGGUAAGCAGGCAGGAAACAUUAAUCAAAUGAGUCUCCAUGAACAACAUUUAAAUCAUGUUGAAUAUUGAGGGUGCAUUUCUGUUGAAAUGAAUAGAAAUACAACCCAAAUACUCAAUGUGAUUUAAAUAUAUUUAUGGCCGUUGUACUAUUAAGCAAUUGUUAUAAUUGCAGUUGCACCAGUUUUUCUGCUUUCGCAAGGUUUAGUCUGCUUUUUGUCCUGAAUAGGGAUUUUUAUUUAGUAAAAAAAAAAAAACUAACCCCCAAAAUGGUGCAUAAUUGGUGAAGCAAACAGAUACGAAUAUGAUUAUGACAAAUAUUUAUAUACCAUUUUCCAGCAAAAGUUCCCAAAGCGGUUUACAUAGCUAUAAACAAUAAAUAAAUAAAAGGGCUCCAUGUCCCCAAAGGGCUCACAAUCUAAAAAAGAAACAUAAGAUAGACGCCAGCAACAGCCACUGGAGGACUACCAACUCAGCAGUCCUGUUCAGACAUUAUGUUGUGCAUGCAUAGCGAUGUUGGUACACAUGUACAUGUUUUCGUAUGAAUGACUGUACAUGCAUUCACUUUAAAAGGAAACCCCUCUGGAUCAGGCCCAAGGUCUCUCUAGUCCAGCAUCUUGUUUACCACAGUGGCCCAUCAGAUGCCCCUGAGAAGUCCACAGGCAAGAGAUGAGGGCAUGCCCUCUCUCCUGCUGGUGCUCUUUGAAACCGGUAUUUAGAGGCAUCCAGUAUUUAGAGGCACCUCUGAGACUGGAAGUGGACUAUAGUCAUCAGACUAGUAGCCACUGAUAGAUCUGUGACAUCUAUGGAUUUUUCUAAGCCCCUUUUAAAGGCUGUCCAAGCUAGUGGCCAUCACCACAUCCCAUGGCAGAAAAUUCCAUGAUGAUCCUGGGUAGAGCCCCUGAAAUGCAGUGUAGAGAAAGGAAGUGUACUACUAUAUGUUUAUUGAGUGUAGCAUGUGAAUAACAGUACUGCAUCCAUAUCUGUACAUGUGAAUGCUGCACACAGAUCGUAUGUGCAUUUCACUGAAUAGGGUUGUUGAAAGGCAACUUUCUGUUAAGACCAUAAGAACAGGCCUGCUGGAUCAUGCUCAAGGCCGAUGAAGUCCAGCAUACUGUUUCACACCAUGGCCCACCAGAUGGCUUUGGGAAGCCCACAGGCAAGAGCUGAGGGCAUGCCCUUUCUCCUGCAGUUGCUCCCCUACAACUGGUAUAUAGAGGCAUCUUGCCUCUUAGGCUGGAGGUGGCCUAUAGCCCUCAAACUAGUAGCCAUUGAUAGACUUGCCUUCAUGAACAUAUCUAAGCCCUUCUUAAAGCUGUCCAGGCUGUUGCCUGUCACCAUAUCUUGUGGCAGAGAAUUCCCUACGUUAAUUAUGCAUUUUGUGAAAACGUACUUCCUUUUGUCAGUCCUAAAUUUCUUGGCAACCAGUUUCAUAGGAUGACCCCUGGUUAUAUUGUUGUGAGACCUAAAUGCAUAUGCUCUAUGAGCAGUGCAGUAUAUAUGCAAGGCUCUUGCAUGUGUGUAUGUCCCCAUUCGUAUUUGCAAAGUUAUGGAUCCAUGUGUCCAGCCCUUACUAUGGAUUGAAAUGGAUUGAGACACCUUUGUGAGACAAAUAUUUCUGGCUACAUGUCAGAGCAAGCACAUGGCAUUGAUGGUUUGGGGUGCUGCAACCAUCAGAAAGUCUGCGGAUGCAGAAGUUCCCUAUUCUCCUCUGUGAGGGGAAAUUUGAAUUGGUUAAAAAAAGUUUACGCUUAUUACAUGCUACAAUCAUGUGAAGAAGAGGUUGAGGACUGAAAACAAAGUACUACUCUUUUAAAAUUUUCAGACCUUUUCUUUCAUACUAGCUGACCUGGCGCAGAGCAUCUACACCCCUAGUUCUCCAUGUCUUUCCCCCAUCCCUUCAGCCCUGGUUCGUUCUCCCCUGAUGGCCAGUCUGGGCGUUGCUUUCUCUCCCUGCCCAUCAGCCAGCCCGCUGGCCUGGCUGUUGCUUCCUCUCCUUGCCUGGCUGGCCUGGCCUCUGCUUCCUCUCACUGGCUGCUCGCCUUCUUCUCCCCCUCACCUCGCUCACGAAAUCUCACGAGAGCUGCCACGCAUGGGAUUAGCAACGGGUACGCCUUAGAGAGAGAGAGAGAGAGAGAGAGAGAGAGAGAUACACAACUGAACUUUUUAAAAGAGAAAGGCUAUGAACUGUAGCCAGUAUUCAGGGAGAAUCAUUCAAAUCACCAAUCACCCUACCACUUCCGGAGUCUAUGGAAUGUGAAAGGCUAAAUAUAAAGUGAAAUACAAAAAAUAUUCAUGGGUAGGAACAGAGUCCUUUGAAAAGUUUGUGGCCUGCAUUUUUGAAUUUGCAGCUGGAUACCAUUCCCCUUCACUCUGUCUCCUUAACCACUGCCAUUCAUGCUGCCUUACUUGCCAGUUUCCUUUGGCAACGUCUGUGGUUGAAGCUUCUGCUUAAAUGUUAUUUGUAGACUUAAACAAAAUCAAACAUGCAGAAAGAAGAAGGGAAAAAAGCUUGAAUAAUAUCUAUAUUGUUUCACUUUUGUAUUGCAUAUAAAAUGUUCUGAUUAACACUUCUUGAACUCAACAGGCAUUUUAAGUUCCUGUAACAUAGAAAAGCAAGGCCCACGCACAUGCCACAGAUGAUUUUCUUAGAUAAAUGCUAAAUGCACUGUCACGUUUCCAGGUGCAAGAGUCAUAUUUUUUAAAAACUAUUUCUGUAGUAGCGGAAUUUUAAUGGACUUGUGAAGUUAGAAAAAAGAAAUGUGAUGGGUGAAGAAAAACACAGGGAUACUUUUAAAGAUGCUUAUGGAAUUGUACUCUUGUGACAUUCCAGAUUUCAGUAAAUUUGCUUUCAUAUAUUGACCUUAUGAAAAUGCAUGAGUCGUUGUCCCUAAACCACGGAAAGGUUUCUGGAAAUGUGCUUCAUGGCUGUUGCUACAGCUGAUGAAGUUGAACUGCAGGCUUCUUCCCAAUCAUUUCUGUUCUUCAGAGCUGUCUCUCCAAGUGCAUUUUCCCUGGGUGACUUGCCCUCCUUUCUAUCUGGCCUGGAUGCUGUUCACCAUGCUGUGAUUGCUACUUGUCUGACUGCAUCCUUGUGUCUGUACGGUCAUAGUCUUCGACACCAUUCUGUGCUUUGGAGUCAUUUUGCAGACCUUCCUCUGCUUUCUGCUUUAAAAAGCAUCGGGAAAGACAAGUGCAACAUGUCCCCAAAUCCUUAAACUGGAUUAGUGCUGUGAAUCUGAACACAUGGAUUACCUUGCAUUCUAGUCCAAAUUUUUGUUUCCAAUUGUGUCCAGCCAGCUCCCUCUGGAAGCUGAAGCUUAGCAGGUCGUGAAAAUGACAGUUAUCCUUUGUUGAUAAUUCCCACACUUAGUACUUGGAGGUGUAGUGAUGGAUAGCGUAACUCUUCAGUAUUUUUUAAAUUGUGAGUCCCUUGGGGACAGGGAGCCAUUUUAUUUAUUUAUAUCUAUGUAAACCGCUUUGGAAACUUUUGUUGAAAAGCGGCAUAUAAAUACUCAUCAUUGUCAUAUUUCAUGAUUUUGUAGCAGACAUAUAAGUCAAAACUAAUUGGGGUGUGGGUUGAUGAUUUUGCCUGGUGCCAGCUAAGUACAAUCAUUUGUGGUACAGAAAAUAUAUUGUAUAUAUACAAUAUAUAUUCACUAUAUGCAUAUAGUGAAGAAGAGUUCAUUACAUUUUAACUACUUCUUACAUUCAUAUUUUGCACUAUACAGCUUAAACCACCAUGAGGCAAUUCCUGUUUACCAUCAUCACCACCAUUUUUGCUUUGUCAGCCCUAUGUGCUUGCACAACAAAACAAGUUGUACUUGUACAAGAAGGUUGCAGAGCUGAACGAAAUUGUUGUGCUUCCUGAUGUUGAGCAACCGCUGGUGGAAGACCUUCUCCGGGACAUAUACAGUUUUGUGUGACCUUUGCCAUGCAAUAGCUAUUGCAAACGGGCUUGAGCAACAAGGAUGUGGAAGAAUCCUGAGCAAUGAUGAUAAGGAAAAGUCUUGAGCAGUGCUGCUGUGCAACAAAUGUUGUACACUGAUGAACUCAAACAGUCUUGAGCAAAGAUGGGUGCACAACUUUGGCCCUCUUGCUGUUGGACUACAACUUCCAUCAUCUUUGACUAUUGGCUACUCUGGCUGGGGAUGAUCAGAAUUGUAGACCAGCAAUAGCUGGAAGGCUGAGGUUGUGGAGCUCUGUGCUGGAAUUAGGACUAGUCUUGAACAGACUUUCCUUUCUUUAUGCAACAUCUUUGUGUGACAUCUGUUGUGUUAGCACAACAUCCCAAUGCAAGCUGCCACUGUAGCAGAACUCAUCUGCACAAUACCCUUGUGCAAAUGCAACAUCCUUCUGUAAGUGCACUGUAAGGAUACUGGCCAUUUUGUCUAAAUGUAUCCCCAUAUGGUGGUAUCUGGUAUUUACCAUAGAUUUUAGACCAGGGCUGCUCAACUUUGGCCCUCCUGCAGAUGUUGGCCUACAAUUCCAUAAUCCCUGGCUAUUGGCUACUAUGGUUGGGGAUUAUGGGAGUUGUAGUCCAAAAACAGCUGGGGGGCCUAAGUUAAGCAGGCCUGUUUUAGACCAUUAAUUUUCAAGGGUGUCCAGGAAAUGGUAAACCCCGAGAAGAAACAUUCGGAAGAAAUUCUUGCUAUGCAAAUGAGGAAGAAGUCACCUAACAGAGUAGAAAUGUGAGGAUAAGUUAAUAUUUCUAACUGUGCAAACAGUAUUCUUUUCCAUUUGACUGUAAAACAGCAGUGUGAUUUCUUUGUUAAAGAAUAAUUACUUUUGCUCACCUGGGCAGAAAGGAUUAAUGAUUGACAUGAUUCCUGUGGUGGUUAGGUGUUCUCUUGCAAGGGAAUAUGGGUGGGGGGCACCAUCCCUACCCCCACAUUAGAUUAAUUAAAACUGCUUAGACUUACACAUGUAAAUGUUAUAUUUGCUCAGUAGUUUACAAGAAGGUUACUGUCAAAGUGCAAAUAGGUAUAUUUAAUUUGAUAUAAAAUUGCAGAGAUGAACAUAGCCCACAAUCUAGAACCUUGCUGGGAAAAUAAGAGGGAUUUGCACACACAAAAAUCUUCUUAAGGGUAGGCCAUUUUCAUUUUCAUAUUAAUUUUACUAUGUUGAUAGAUGUUGAACUUAUUCCUCCCACCCCUUUUUAGAAGGCAGCAAAUAUGUGUCAAGGAAAAGCACUGGAAAUAAAUCUCUGAGAGACUGGCAUCUAAAAUAAGGGCAAAGGGUCCCUGUUGUAGCAGAUGCCCUGCUGGUUGUCUCUGUUAGAGGCUGAACUUCUGCCAAAUGGUGGCAUAUGUCAAAGUGGUCUUAGUGGAGGCUUCAAACGACAUUAACACUGCCAGAAUCUGCUAAGCCAAGGUUCUGUUUAAAGGUUAUGUCGUGCACAUUGCAGUGGCUACCGCGGAGAGUGACAGGAGAUGUCUGGCUUAGAUCUAUGGUGAAAGGAAUGUUCUCAUGCAAAGCCCCAUAAUUAAGCCGUCCAAUACGCAAUAUCAGUUUCCAUAACUAGUGCUGUUGAAGAGGUAAAAUCUGUAAAUCACUCUUAUUAAGUCAUCCCUAUAACAUUACAGAUUAUGUGAACAGCUCUGGCAAGUAAUUUUUUCACUUGAUAUACAGAAGAGUUUGUGUUGAGGUGGUGCUGUGAUGUUCACACAUUAGGAACAGUCUCCCUCCUCACUGUGUGUGGAUGCCAGAGUGCAACUUUUGUGCUUCUUUUUGCUCUGUGAAAAUGUCUCUGCCCACCGCCUCCAGCUGGCUUCUCCUUGUCUGAAGAGCUGAGAUAUCAAAUUCAAAUUCUGCAUGCAUUGGCUUUGUAGGAUUUACUUCCACAGUGUGAAGACAAUGUUGUCAUUAUAUGAGUACCAUUCUCAGGAUAAUCAAUAACUGCAGACUUGCAUUAUCUUCCCUACCCAUGUUAAGAUUUGCAGUUCAGCGAUGAUCAUAUUUAAAAGCACUUUAAAAAGGAUGCUGGCUGAUGUCCAGACUAGCAUGGCAUAGUGCAGCAAUGCUUCACAUUCAGACUAGCACUGUGCUGGUUCUAGGGGGAAGGAACGAGUUGUGAGAAUUUCCUCUUCCCUCUGAAACCCACUGUGCCUCAUGGAAAUAUGUCCCUGAGGGUUAUGCAACCCUCAGGGGCACAUUUUCAGGAGGCACAGUGGGCUUCAGAGGGAAGGGGAGAUAGCAAAAAUUGCCCCUUAUCCCCCACACAACAGUGCAGCGUUAGUGUGGAUAUCAGCACUGUUGACCAGCAGAGUGCUAGUGUGGAUGUCAGCCCCUGUGUUUAAAAUGUAUAUGCAGCUGCUGUGUAUGUCUUAGCACACAUUGAGGUUAUUCACACAAUCAAAAACUGUGUUCUAACAGUUUGGGAGCUGUGUGUGCUGCCAGUUUUCGGUUUAUGGAAGCAAAGUAAGAAGAAAACCUGAAUAUAAGUGAUUGUGUGAAAGCAAGAAAGGAGGAAAACCUGGAUAGGAGUGAUUGUGUGGAAGCAAAGUAUUAUCUUCCCUACCCUGGGAAGGUUUUCCUCCUACCUUGCUUCCACACAACCACUUCUACCCAGGUUUUCCUCUUAUCUUAUCGUGGAUCACAAUUUUUGAUUGUGUGAAUUACCUAAUUAUGUAAGAGUGUUUGAAAUUUAGUUUAUGAGAUGUUUAGACAAGAUGGUGUUUUGAAGAAAAUGUGAGGAUUGUUCAUAUCUGUAAUACUGUAAAAUAGUAAAAUUAAUCAGGUUUACAUUUAAAUGCACUAAAUCAAACUUUUCCCCCAAUUUUCUUUUUAUCUAAUAUUGUUUCAUGCCUAGCACAGAUCAUGUGUGAUGCUUUGCCAGUUUUACAGAACAUGCUUGUAAUUUUCCUGUAAUUAAAUUCAUUUUUCAGUGUUAA